AUGCCGAAAAUCAGACUUGCCGUUUCCAGCACGAAAAACGUGUUGCGCGCAACGUUGGCGAGUACGCAAAAUGAAAGGAUCACUUCAUGGCAUCCUAUUCGAGAAAGGGCCACCCACUCGACUCCUGCGGAUGCAGCGGCGCCGCUCCCCUCCUCCACUCCCGCAGCCCAGACGUCUGAGCAAGAAGGGAAAAGAACCCAUCCUUCGGCUUCGGAUCCGCCCAUCGCGAAGAAUACAACGCCCGCUCCUGAACCAGACGUCGAGGAGGAAACAGAUGUCCCCUCGCAAGUCACUGUGGCACGCCAGGUUCCCCAGAAGCGGAAAGCAGAUGACGACUCGGCCACGGUGGGACCCUCAAUGAGGCGAACGACGAGAAAACCCGAGAGUCUAGUUAACGGUAUAAGUAACCUUGAUUGA